AAAAAAAGUAAAAAAAGGCUUAAAUAAAAUUAAAUAAACGCCAUUUUCCCUCUUUCGUGGUAGUGUGCACUCAAAUGCUUGAGCGUGAAGAUCGACAAUUCAUACCCCAACCGAGAGAGCCCAAAAUCGUCUUCUCGUCGUCGGCGCCAUGUCCUCUGAGCCUCAGCCCAUUACCACUCCUCGUACCGUUUCGCCCCAAAGCUCUUCCUCUUUCACCAAAGACGACCUUGUCGCCGUCGACGGCUCUCCGGUAUCCAAAGCCAUGUCCGAAGACGAACUCGAGGCCACUCCCACCUCCAUAAACAACUCUCGCUCUCCAUCCCCGGCUCCCUCUUCGCCGGCCACCAACGACCAAGCUCUUGUUCCGUUCCAGUCUGAUCCUCCUCCAACGGCGGCACGGACCCCGGUUUUUCCGGCCAGGGAGGACUGCUGGUCGGAGGCCGCGACUCACACGCUGAUCGAGGCCUGGGGGGCUCAUUACCUGGAGUUGAAUCGGGGGAAUCUACGGCGGCAGCACUGGAUGGAGGUCGCCGACGCCGUUAACUCCCUCCACGGCAACACAAAGAAGCAGCACCGCACCGACAUACAGUGCAAGAACCGCAUCGACACCUUGAAGAAGAAGUACAAGACCGAGAGGGCUAGGGUUUCUCAAUCGCGAUCGAAUUACGUUUCAUCUUGGCCCUUCUUCAGUAGUCUUGACGCCCUCAUUGGAGACCACUUCAAGCCCUCUACUUCGCCGGCGACCUCUGCUCCGCAGCGUAAAACUCGCCUGACGCUUCCUCCCCCACUGUCAUCAAUUCCGGUCGCCCCCAGGUCAAAGCGUCCGUCGUCAAUUGAUGACUCGGUUUCCCGGCGGAAUUUUUCAGCGAUGGCGGCGGCGGCGGCCGCUGCCACAGAAGACUCGUACGAGAACGAUGAAUCUGACACGUCGGUUCCUCCGCCGGCGCCGGCGAUUGCUGGUCGGAGGAAGAAGAGAGAUUCAGGUGUGGAGUUGGAGGGGUAUCGGUGUUUAGCAGAAGCAAUUGGGAAAUUUGGUGAGAUAUACAAGAGAGUGGAAGAGGCGAAAAUUAGGCAGAUGGUAGAUUUAGAGAAGCAGAGAAUGCAAUUUGCCAAAGACUUGGAACUUCAGAGAAUGAAGCUCAUUAUGGAAUCGCAAGUACAAUUGGAAAAACUCAAACGUCCUAAGCUCAACUCACAUGCUGGUUAGUGAGCGCUCUUCAUCUGUUCAGAUAGUUACUUAUAGAUGGUGUUGAUAGCUCAUUUCAAACUGGUCUAACACAAAAGUGGGGUUCUGCAGAUAGUAGUUUCAACUUUCAGGCUUGUUUUCCGUUUUCACCCCCAGGCAGUUUUACAUUAUGUAGUUUUACUUGAUAAAUUAGGGUAUAGAAAUAGGUAUCUCCUGUCCCUCAGGGGUUUCAUUCUCUAUAUUUUGUAUGAUGAUAACCUAGCAUGUGCAUAUGACAGAAGCUUUUUGUAGUUGGUCCAUGAGGACUUUUAUGCUCCAGAGAUUGUAACCCCUUGGUCAGUUGGUCCUCACGUAUUGGAUAUUUUUGCUAUACAAAUAGAGAGAGAUCCUGCCCAAAAUUUCUAAA